UCUAUAAACCACACCCACCUGAACGAAAUGCCUAGAGUGUUAGCUCAGUGGCAGCUGAGUCUUCCGGAGAAAGAUCGAUUUCUCCUUUUCCAGCAGUCCACUUCACAACAAACUGCUAAGAGGGAACUGAAACCGCUCACUGUGUUUGGGGUGUGCACACUUCCUGUUUCACCAUGGGGGAGCUGUUGAGGAGUGAAGAGAUGACUCUGGCUCAGCUCUUCCUUCAGUCUGAAGCUGCAUAUUGCUGCGUCAGUGAGCUGGGUGAGAUCGGGAUGGUCCAGUUUAGAGAUUUAAAUCCUGAUGUAAACGUUUUCCAACGAAAGUUUGUCAAUGAAGUGCGGAGAUGUGAAGAAAUGGACCGUAAACUGAGAUUUGUGGAAAAAGAAAUUAAAAAAGCGAACAUUGACAUUGUGGACACAGGAGAGAACCCAGAAGUACCCUUCCCAAGAGACAUGAUCGAUCUGGAGGCCACAUUCGAGAAGCUGGAGAAUGAGCUGAAGGAGAUCAACACAAACCAGGAGGCUCUGAAGAAGAACUUUCUGGAGCUGACGGAGCUCAAACACAUUCUGAGACGCACACAGCAGUUUUUUGAUGAGAUGGAGGACCCCAGUUUACUUGAAGAAACGUCGUCCGUUCUCAUGGACCCCAGUGAGGUGAACAGAGCCCCUCUCAGACUGGGGUUUGUAGCUGGAGUCAUCGGUCGUGAGCGUAUCCCCACUUUUGAGCGCAUGUUGUGGAGAGUUUGUCGUGGGAACGUAUUUUUGAGACAGGCGGAAAUCGAAGACCCCCUAGAGGACCCCACUACAAGCGACCAAGUCCACAAGUCUGUUUUCAUCAUUUUCUUCCAGGGAGACCAGCUGAAAAACAGAGUCAAGAAAAUCUGUGAAGGGUUUAGAGCAACGCUGUACCCAUGUCCAGAAACCCCUCAGGAGAGGAAGGAGAUGUUGGCUGGAGUGAACGCUCGCAUUGACGAUCUUCAGAUGGUGUUGAACCAAACGGAGGACCACAGACAGCGCGUCCUUCAGGCCGCCGCUAAAACUAUCCGCGUGUGGUUCAUUAAAGUGAGGAAGAUGAAGGCCAUUUACCACACGCUGAACCUGUGCAACAUCGAUGUGACCCAGAAGUGCCUCAUCGCGGAGGUGUGGUGUCCUGUGUCUGAUCUGGACUCUAUACAAUUCGCCCUGCGCAGAGGCACGGAGAAAAGUGGCUCUACGGUGCCCUCCAUCUUGAAUCGGAUGCAGACGAAGCAGACUCCGCCCACUUACAACAAAACAAACAAGUUCACUUCGGGCUUUCAGAACAUCGUGGAUGCGUACGGGAUCAGCAGCUACAGGGAGAUAAACCCAGCUCCAUACACCAUCAUCACAUUCCCGUUUCUGUUCGCCGUCAUGUUCGGAGACCUGGGUCAUGGGAUUCUCAUGACAUGUGCUGCUUUGUAUCUGGUGCUGAGAGAGACCAGGCUCAUAGCACAGAAGAACGACAAUGAGAUGUUCAGUAUGGUGUUUGCGGGGAGAUACAUUAUCCUCCUCAUGGGAAUCUUCUCCAUCUACACUGGAAUUAUUUACAACGACUGCUUCUCCAAAUCUAUAAACCUGUUUGGAUCUGGCUGGAGCGUCCGGCCCAUGUUUGACCCCAGAGUCGGAGGAAACUGGACCUUUGCCACUUUGAAUGGCAGCAGGAUUUUGCAGUUGGACCCUGCCAUAGACGGAGUUUUCAAAGGACCUUAUCCCAUUGGGAUCGAUCCUAUCUGGAACAUUGCCUCAAAUAAACUGUCGUUCCUGAACUCUUUUAAAAUGAAGAUGUCUGUGAUCCUGGGAGUCAUCCAUAUGCUGUUUGGAGUCAGCCUCGGCCUCUUCAACCACCUUUAUUUCCAGAAGCCCAUAAAAAUCUACUUGGGUUUCAUCCCAGAGAUCGUUUUCAUGGCGAGUCUUUUUGGAUACCUGGUCAUUAUCAUCUUCUAUAAGUGGGUGUCGUACAGCGCUCGUACCUCCAGAGAAGCCCCCAGUCUCCUCAUCGCCUUCAUCAACAUGUUUCUGUUCAGCUACCGUGACCCCAACAGCAAACCGCUCUACACGGGGCAGCCUGUUCUGCAGUCCUUCUUGGUGAUCAUUGCGUUGGCGUGUGUUCCCUUUAUGUUAAUAGUGAAAACUCUGGUUCUACGGAGACAACACAUGUGGCGCAAACAUCUGGGCACUCAGAGCUUCGGAGGGGUCAGGGUCGGUAACGGUCCGACGGAGGAUGAAGCAGAGAUCAUCCAACACGACCAGCUCGCUCAGCAGUCUGAAGACGAACCAGAGCAAUCCCUUUUGUCGCCUGCUUUCAAGGCCCGCGAGGAAGAAGAGUUUAACUUUGCUGAUGAGGCCGUGCACAACGCCAUUCACACCAUAGAGUACUGUCUGGGCUGUAUCUCCAACACUGCGUCCUACCUGAGACUCUGGGCCCUCAGCCUCGCACAUGCACAGCUUUCCGAGGUGCUCUGGUCCAUGGUGAUGAGAAUAGGUCUCUCCAGCAGAAGUUUUGGAGGUUUUAUUCUACUGUCCAUCAUUUUCGUCUUCUUCUCUAUUCUCACUGUGGCCAUUCUGCUCAUCAUGGAGGGCCUGUCUGCUUUCCUGCACGCGCUCAGACUGCACUGGGUGGAGUUUCAGACAAAGUUCUAUGCUGGACAAGGAUUCAAGUUCCUCCCAUUCACUUUUGAAAGCAUCCUUGAAGGACGAUCUGAAGAAUAAACCAUUACAAUCAAGUCACUUUAAAAAAAAAAAACUUUAUUUAAAAUUCUUAACACAGCCUUUGUCCAUAAAUCAGUUCUAUAAAAACACUCACUAUGAAGUAUUGCGAUUUCAUCUUUUACAAAAAAAGACCAUCAUGAGCUUUUUGUGUUGUGAAUUGUGAAAUGUUUUGUUUUAUUUAGUUAUUUAUUAUCAUUUCCUUUAUUAUAUGUUAUCUUUAUAUGUUCCACUGUAAGUUUAGCAGCUUCCAAUUUUUCCUGGCAUGAAUUAAAGGUGAACUAUGUAACUUUUCUGGCACAGAGUCCGCUACCUGUUAGUCUCCAUGCAGGUAAAAGAGAAGCAAAUGUUCCGCACUAUUGAUACUUACCUGUGAAAUCAUGCUGGGGCUGUUCUGCAUGUAGUUAUCAUGAUGUUGCAAUGCACAAAUUAGCACUGUCAAAAAAGUUUCACGAUAGUCUGAAAACUCAGCUAGCUCAGAUCUGUGGAAAGGCGACCAUGCUCACAGCAAGAUUAUGCAUUUUUAAAACAUUUUUUUGCAAUAUAAACAAAUGUAACUGCUUUAAUGCUAUAUUUUGAAGCAUUCUAGACAAAGGUAUAUGAUCUCCAUGGAAACAAGCAGGUGGCAUAUGCUCCAGAAAAGUUACCUAGUGCACAUUUACGUCCUUUUCUAGGCUUUUUUCCCCUCUACUAAAUCACUUCUAAUUUCAAAUCUGCACACAAAACUGCGUAACAAAUACACUAAUAAUAAAUGAGCUAAAGCCCAAAGGGACAACAUGUUAUAGUCAACCUGAAUCAAAAUGAACUUGUCUUCAAGUCGUUGUAGUUUUAAUGUUACUGUAUUCAUUGUUAUUGUGGUAAAAAUCUAGAUCUGUAUGUUUGGUUAUAAGAUCUUGUCUCGUGUAGAAGGGAGCAGCACUGAAAUUCACCACGUUUGUGUUUGUGCACUUGUCAUUGUCAAUAAAGUGAAACGAAAUGGA